AGCCUUCACCCAGCCAAACCAACAUUAAUGUUAUAGGGUAUGUGUCUGAAAAUAGGACUAGAAACUUACAGGCAUAAAAAGCCUUUUGAUGUCUGAUGAUUUCAGAGUGCAUUAUAAAUGAUUCUUUCUGGAGAAAAACUGCUGGAAGCUGCAAAAUCUCUGUAUGCCUGCAUGGGAGAGCAGCACUAGUCUCUUCUUCCUGGAUCUGGAGCAGCCAGGGAUGAACCACCACUCCCAUGGGUGCAGAACACAUGGCUAUAUAUAUGAGGGAGCUUGUUGUUCAAGGGGAAACCUGCUUUGCUGCUUUCCUUUUUCAUUCACCUGUUAGAGCAGGCCUAUGAGGUGGGGAGGUCAGCAUAUAUCGGGCCACCAGGUCACUACUCAUCCAGGCUGGCCAGGGUCGCUGUGGAUGUGCUUAGCAGCAUUGAUGUCUAUGAGCAGCUAGUGUAAGUGAAGGCACAGCAAAGGCCAAGCUUCACUGUUCACACUAUGCCACAACAAAUCCAGGCACCUCAGAGCUUUCUCUAGGUUGCCAAAUCCUAUGGACUACAGUUUUACCUGCCCAAAGGUAUAAUGAAAGCUUACAGGCAUAGAUGGCUGUCACAAAAACUAAAAGGAGAAGGUGGAAAGAGGUAGGAGUGAGAAAAAGUCUAAUGAAACAAAAGGGAGUGAAACAUCUCUCUCUGCCCCCUCUAAGGCACAAGGAUCAGGGAGUAGAUGUUACGAAGCAGGUUCAGUUUCUAGCAGCUUGAUCUUGCCUUUGUAUGCAGUUGGCUUUGUGUGCAUUGAUGUCCUGUUGAUAAUUAUCAUUCUGUUGUCACCUGUAUUCAUAGUGACACCCCCAUAUCACAUUUUCAUCACAGUGUGAAAUGUCGCUCUUUUUGCUUUUGUUUUGUGGGUACUAUGAAUUUAGCCUAGAAUUGAAAAAGCUAGACACUUCUCACAACACACAACGGGGCAUUGAUAACCAUGCAGCUUAGUUACUGAUCCUAUCUCAGUGCUUCCAUCUGUCUCCUUCCUCCCACCCCUCUUUUUAAACAGACAAGGUUUUUCCUCAACAAGCUGAUGACAGAAUAAUUUCUUCACAUUGAUUGUUUGCCCCACUUGGACCUCUGGAGAUUUUCGUACAAGUGGAGAGAAGUAGAUCAAAAGGCUACGAGAAAAAAAGAGGCAGAGAAUUGAAAAAAGGCACCAUAAAGAUCCUGCUCAGAUUUCAGCCUGGUGAUGAACAGACUUGUAAACAGGCUCAGAAUGCUUUCUGAAAAGUUUUGCAGGACAGAGAAGUUGAACACUUGAUCACAUGCAGGAGCACAGGAUAGAUGGAGUACAGCUGACUCAACAGCUACAGGGGAUUUGGGUUUUGCAAUGGAACAGGUAUGGUUACUGCUCCUGCUGACGAUUAAAGUGCUUUCGGUGACUGCUCAGUUCAACGGCUACAACUGUGAUGCUAACCUCCAUAGCAGGUUUCCUGCUGAACGAGAUAUCAAUGUUUUCUGUGGAGUACAGACCAUUACUAUGAAGAUAAAUUUUUGCACAGUUCUUUUCUCUGGUUAUUCUGAAACAGAUCUGGCACUGAAUGGGAAGCAUGGGGAUGCUCACUGCAGGGGGUUCAUCAAUAACAACACCUUUCCAGCAGUGGUCAUUUUCAUCAUCAAUCUGAGUACUUUGGAAUCCUGUGGAAACACUUUAGUGGUGUCCUCAGCUCGAGGUGUCAAUGCUUAUGGGAAUAUCUCAGUGGUACAGAUAGGUAAUGUUUCGGGCUAUAUAGAUACACCAGACCCACCAACUAUUAUCAGCUAUUUACCUGGGCUUCUGUACAAAUUUAGCUGUAGCUAUCCACUGGAGUACCUGGUUAACAAUACCCAGCUUGCUUCGUCAUCGGCUGCUAUUUCUGUAAGGGAGAACAAUGGUACAUUUAUCAGCACUUUGAAUUUGUUGCUUUACAAUGACUCAACCUACAGUCAGCAGCUCCUUAUCCCAAGUACAGGUUUACCUUUGAAAACCAAAAUAUAUGCAGCUGUGAGAGCAACCAACCUUGAUGGCAGGUGGAAUGUUUUGAUGGACUACUGUUACACUACACCAUCUGGUAAUCCGAGUGACGAUCUUCGAUAUGAUCUUUUCUUCAGCUGUGACAAGGACCCUCAGACCACUAUCAUUGAAAAUGGCAAGAGCCAAAUGGGACGGUUUUCAUUUGAGGUAUUCCGCUUUGUGAAGCACAAGAACCAGAAGAUGUCUACAGUCUUCCUCCACUGCGUGACAAAGCUGUGCAGAGCAGAUGACUGUCCCUUUCUUGUGCCAAUCUGCAGUCACAGAGAAAGAAGAGAUGCUGGUAGCAGAACAACUUGGAGCCCUCAGAGCACCUCUGGCAAUGCUGUGAUCACUGCUGGCCCCAUCAUUACGAGGAGUGAUGAGACACCAACCAACAACUCAGAGCUUGCUCAGCAUGGACCUCCUUUCCAGCUGAAUUCAGUCACCAGUGCACUGAUUUCAGGUGUGGUCAUCCUUGGAAUCACAAGCGUUUUCUUUUUUGUCUGUUCUCUUACUCUUCUGCACAGAAACUGGCCCAGCAACUCGGUCUUGAGUGGCAUCCAAAACCCAGUUUUUAACUGAAAGUGAUUUACUUGCACUUUUUGUUUGAGGUUGCCUUUCUUGUCCAUGAAAUAUUCUUCCAUUAAAAAAAGCAAAAAACAAAACAUCAACAACAACAAAGGCAACAUUCCAUCUGUAUCCAGCUUCUAUUCCAGCUAUUCUUUAUCUGUAGGCAUAUUAGACAUUGUUGUGUAGGCAAGUAGCAGUGAUAUUGGUGACAAUCCUAGGAAACUGAGAAUCUGAAUUGUGUUUGUGAUCAGACUAUAUAUGACAUAAUGCCCAUGGGUGUGCUGACAAUAGAGCUUGUGUCUCCAGCUUUCCAAAUAGGUCUUAAAGCUGAAGAUGCUGAAGGUGAGAACCUAUCAAAAUGUGCCAUGCAAAACCUGACACAUUCAGCAACAUUGCUACAUUCAUAAAUGUUUGUUAAGAUGAGGAUCAUGUAUAUAUUUUCAUGUUUUGUCACAGCUUUGAACAAGCAAUUGUGGCUCAGGAGGAAAUUAUCAUCAUCUGUUUUGGCUAAAAAGAAACAUACUCUUAGAGUAAUUAGUGACUUCUGCUUAUUAGUCAUUUGAAAAUGUUUCCUCGAGAUAUGUCUUCCAUUGGAUUGCAGCGAUAGCACAUAAAAUAAUGCAGAAAAGAGUUUGACUGGGUAUCUUUGAGUCAAAUGGUUUAGGGCAAAUUGUUGUAGGUGCCAGGAAAAAUGCUGAGAGUUUUGAGGUUGAGAUCUUUUUUUUUCCCAACAAAAUCAUUGAGUGAGAAUAUGAGCGAGUUUUGAAUCUGACUAAUAUUCUGCAGAAAGUUAAUUAUGCACAGAUUCACCACAUUUACAACUUUCAGUCAAAUUCUAACCCUGGGAAAUGCUCUAAGGGGAGAAAGUAUUUCCCCCUGCCUCCCUGAAGAGACUAGCAAAUAAAUGAAUAGUAGAUCAGUGCUUAAUUCUGUAGUAGAUUCCUCCCCAUGGAUUAGACUUCUUCACUGCAUGGAUGAGGGAAAGAGGGCAACUAGAAGAAUAGCAGGCUACAGGCAGUACCGUGCUGUUGACUCUACUUAAUCUGAUAAACAGCAGAUUUAAAUGAAGUUGAGAGUGACCAGAUACCUCCAAACAGGAGCACAGGGCAGUGGUGUAGCUGUGUAGAAUAGACAAAAAUCUGGUAUACUAGAGUAUGCAGUAGACACGGCAUAUAAUAAGCUGGACUGGGUAGACAGUUGGGAUUUUGGUCACAGGUUCAUCAGUUAAUUUGGAAUUUUUUUUUUCAUGUGCUGUACAUACUGGCCUAGAGAAACACCUCAUUAGUACUUAUCCUAUUUCAACGAAGUCUGUGUUUUCAUUGAUGUAAUGCAACUGGAAAAUGAUCAGGGCUCCUUGGCUCUCAAGUCUGAAGAUGUACAGACUCGCAUUUUUCUGUGAUCCUACAAAUGCUGUAUAAAAACCCAGUGUUCACAAAGUCCACUGUGCUGUAAUGUGGUGUCCCUAACAACCAAUACUGUGCCUGUUUUCCUCCAGUCUUGAUACCUCAGAAACAUUUUUGCACUUCAGGGGUUAGGUCUGAUGACAUGUAAAACAUGAUCGGUUAAUAAAAUUACUUGAAAAAAUUCAGAA